AUGGGGAUUUGUGUGUCGUUUAAUCGUAGAGACUCCAUUUCUUCUCCAACAGUGAAGGUCGUGACUGUUAACGGUGAUCUCCGGGAAUACAGUAUUCCGGUGCUAGCUUCUCAGGUUUUGGAAGCAGAAGCAGCGGCUGCUUCGUCUUCGUCUUCCUCUAGACCUUCUUCUUAUUUCAUCUGCGACUCUGAUUCUCUCUACUACGACGAUUUCAUCCCGGCGAUCGAGCCGGAAGAGCCGCUUCAGGCGGAGCAGAUCUACUUCGUCCUCCCGAUCUCUAAACGUCAGAACCGGUUAACUGCGUCGGACAUGGCGGCUCUCGCCGUGAAAGCAAGCGUCGCGAUUCAGAACUCUGUUGGGAAAGAAUCUCGCCGGCGUAAGAAGGUGAGAAUCUCGCCGGUCAUGAUGCUGACUCAGCCUGACGGUUCCGUCGCCGCUGUUAACGGAAAAGGAAGCGAGUCGACGGUUAAGAAGGGAAGACCGGUGCUGGAUCAUAAAACGGGUCCGGUAAAGGCUUCGAGUGGUUAUAACCGGUCCGGUUCGGUACGUAAUUUGAAGAGAUAUACGUCUAAGCGAGCAAAGUUGGCGGUUCGAUCUUUUAGGCUGAAACUUUCAACGAUCUACGAAGGCUCCGUCGUUUAG